GGCGCGCCGGCCUGGUCUUGAGUGGUCGGAGGUCCAGGAGCCCUCGGCAUCCUUUUCUCACCCACACACCCCAGCCUCACGUAUUAGGCGUCCCCCCAACAGACGAGGACAUCGUCAAGUCCUAGAAGGGUUCUACCAUUUUCUUCUCCAUCCUAAAGAGACUUGGAAAUUAAUCGGUAACAUUUUGCAUGAAAUUACUGGAUGCUUUUCGUCUUAUCUCUGAGGCCUUCUGUGGAGAAUUAAGAGGAGGUUGAAUGCACGCAUGGAUAAAAUGGAUCAUCUUAAAGGAUUGAAGUUCCAAAAAUACAUCAGCAGGACUGGACAGGUUUGACAUAAUGAGAUUUCUAUUUUAGCUUGACUUCUGGAACUCCGAAUAAACUAUAAACUGAGCUACACAAGGUCCUGGGGAGGAAGUUUCUCUUCUAAAAUAUUCUAGCUGCAGAUAACAUUUUUCUUAUUCAGAUCCUUUGAAGAAAUUAUUUACUCAUCCAUUUUCUGAGGAAUACGACUAUUAGACACUUACCAACUUUUAACAUAUGAAGUGGAAUAGAAAGCAGCAACUUAUAUCAUACUGGAAAAUAAAUUUUCAUCAAGAAACAGACCCAGAAAGAGAAGACAUCUCUACAUAAGCACAGGGUGAGAUGGCAGAGGCUCCUGUGGAUGCCUCAACUCUGCCCGUAACUGUGAAGAAAAAGAAAAGUCUAUCCAUUGAAGAAAAGAUCGACAUCAUAAAUGCAGUAGAAAGUGGUAAGAAAAAAGCAGAGAUUGCAGCUGAAUAUGGAAUAAAGAAAAAUUCAUUGUCUUCUAUUAUGAAGAAUAAAGACAAGGUUCUAGAAGCCUUUGAAUCUCUGAGAUUUGAUCCAAAGAGAAAAAGACUGAGAACUGCUUUUUACACAGAUCUGGAAGAGGCACUAAUGAGGUGGUAUCGAAUCGCCCAGUGUCUGAAUGUACCAGUUAAUGGUCCAAUGUUGCGUCUAAAAGCUAAUGAUUUUGCCCAGAAACUGGGACAUAAUGAUUUUAAGUGCAGCAAUGGUUGGCUGGAUCGCUUUAAAUCCAGGUAUGGUUUAGUAUUCAGAGCUCAACCUGUAGAAGCUACAGGUGUAUCAGUAGACCCUUCAGAUGUCUGGCACCAAAACAUACUUCCUUAUUAUUUAAAUGAUUAUCAUCCUAAAAAUGUUUUUAAUGUAAAAGAGACUGGGCUGCUUUAUCGAAUGUUGCCUACAAAUACAUUUGCAUUUAAAGGAGAAACAUGCUCAAUUGGCAAGUUAUGCAAAGACAGAAUAACUCUGGUGGUUGGGACAAACAUGGACGGCUCAGAGAAACUUCCUUUGCUUAUCAUUGGAAAGAACAGAAAUCCACAUUGUUUCAAAGGCAUAAAAUCAUUGCCUGUAUAUUAUGAAGCUAACAAAAUGGCACGGAUGACCUCAGUUGUAUUUGAACAAUGGAUGCGGAAGCUUGAUGAGAAAUUUCAAGCCCAGCAAAGAAGAGUGGUGAUUUUUGUUGAAUCGUUUCCUGCACAUCCAGAGGUAAAAAACCUAAAAUCCAUUGAGUUAGCAUUCUUUCCAUCAUGUUUAUCUUCCAAACUUAUAGCUAUGAAACAAGGUGUUAUUAAAAGCCUUAAAAUCAAAUAUCGACAUUGUCUCAUUAAGAAAUUUUUAAGCUCUGUUGAAGGCAGCAAAGAAUUUAUGUUUUCCCUGCUAGAUGCAGUUGAUACAUUGCAUCUCUGUUGGAGGGCUGUCACCCCAGAGACUAUUGUUAAGAGCUAUGAAGAGGCAGGAUUCAAAUCUCAAAAGGGAGAAAGUGACAAGACAAAUGCAGAGAUGGACACUGGUCUUGAUUUGGUUGCCCAUGCCCAGGCGGCAGGAGUGGAAUUUCCUGAAGGCUUAUCCAUAGAAGAGUAUGCUGCCCUGGAUGAUGAUUUAGAGACAUGUGAAGCAGCACCAAGUGGUGAUGCUGUAUGGACCAAAGAAAGUAAAUCGGAUGAAACUGGAUUUUAUACUUCUGACGAAGAGGAUGAUGGUGGAUCUCUGGGAACCGAACUCCCUUUACCAUCAAAAAAUGUGGCAAUAACCGCUUUAGAUACUCUGAAAAGUUUUCUUAGAAGUCAAGAUAUGAAUGAUGAGCUUCACAAUUCUUUAGCAGACCUUGAAAUUUUUAUUAACUCUUUAUCACCUAAGUAAUUAUUUAUUGUACA